AUGGCUGACCAGGCUGCAAGAAGUUUGCAGUUUGAAUACAACAUUAAUUCAAAUCUGGUGAUGACUGCUGAUCGAUCGCUCAUUGAUCGGCGGUCUCGAGAUGAAUCCACUGGUGAAGUUCUUACACUUGCUGGAAAAAUUCGAAUCGAAGAAAUGGGCUCUAAAGCACAACGCACUAGACCUAGCAUGCUUGAAGAAAAAAAGGCCAAACGUCGAAAGCAGGAAGAACAGGAGUAUGAUGAAAUGAAAAUGAAGGGGUCUUCUCUUCUAACCGACGAUCUUGAGGAGAUUUCUGGUAUUUUGUACAGACCCAAAACACCAGAAACUCGUAAAACUUAUGAAUACAUUCUUCAUUGUAUUCAAGAAGCACUCGGUGACCAGUCGCGAGAAAUCCUUUGUGGUGCUGCCGAUGAGGUUCUGGCUACAUUAAAAAGUAAUAGACUAAGGGACAAAGAACGGCGUAAGGAAGUAGAAAGUCUAAUUGGUCCAUUAGCAGAUGAAAGAUACAACAUUAUUCUAAGCCUUGUUAAAAAAAUAACCGAUUGGAAAGAAGAUAUUGAGAAAGUUACUGAGGAGAACAUUGAUGAGGCCUAUGGAGUUAAUGUUCAGUUCGAGGAAUCAGACCCAGAGGACGAAGAUGAUACUCAGUUUGAAAUCAAAGAGGGCGACGAGGAUGAUAUGGACGGCGAAGAAGCAGGUGAAGAAAUGACCCUCCAAUCAAAGUCGACUGAUGGGGGAUUUGAAUCAAAAAGUGAUAUCGACUCACUUCACCCGCGGGACAUUGACGCCUUUUGGCUUCAAAGAAAUGUUUCAAAACAUUGCAAGGAUCCAGUCUUGGCUCAGAAAAAGGCUCAAGAAUGUCUUGAUAUUCUCGGGACAGCCACCGACGAUCGCGAUUUGGAAAACCGUUUAGUUAGGUGUAUUGGCUAUGAGCAAUUUGGCUUCCUUCGCGUGCUUCGCCGCUAUCCAGCAAUGAUCCUACAUUGCACCCUUUUGGCUCAAGCCCAGUCUCCCCAAGAACGGGCUGAAUUGGAAGCGAAAAUGAAAGUUGAUCCAAAGCUGGCUUUGAUUUUAAAACAGUUGCGUGAAACAACUGGAUCAGGUGAUAAUGUUGCAGAUGAGCGGAGCCGCAAGGCUAGUCAAAGGGUUGCUCGUUUGCGCGAAACUGCAAAGGGUGAUGUGGACGGAGAUAAAAUGUCAUCUGAUGAUGCAAAAGGGGUCGUUGCCAAUGCCAUUGAUUUGGCUAGUUUAACGUUUUCCCAGGGUAGUCACUUGAUGGCAAACAAACGGUGCCAACUUCCAGAAGGUUCUUUUCGAACUCAGAAAAAGGGCUAUGAGGAAGUGCAUGUGCCCGCUCUUCGACCAAAGCCGUUUGAUCAAGACGAAUCCCUUCUAAAAAUUGAGAAACUCCCUGCCUAUGCAAAACCAGCCUUUGAUGGGUUUAAGACACUUAAUCGAAUUCAGACUCGUUUGUACAAUGCAGCUAUGAAAACGGAUGAAAAUCUUCUACUUUGUGCACCUACAGGUGCAGGCAAGACUAAUGUCGCUCUCCUCUGUAUCAUGCAUGAACUUGGACAACAUAUCAAUGCCGACGGUAGCAUUAAUAAGGAUAAUUUUAAAAUAAUCUACAUUGCUCCGAUGCGGUCUCUAGUUCAGGAAAUGGUUGGCAAUUUUAAUAAGCGUUUGAGCAGCUACGGUAUCAAGGUAGACGAGUUGACAGGUGACCAUCAGCUGAGUCGGCAACAGAUCAUAGAAACGCAAGUGAUCGUCUGCACUCCAGAAAAGUGGGAUGUGGUAACACGUCGUGGCGGUGACGAACGUGCUUACAUUAACUUGGUACGCCUCAUAAUCUUCGACGAAAUCCAUCUAUUGCACGAUGACAGAGGACCGAUCCUCGAAGCCAUCGUCGCUCGGACCCUGCGCGCAACCGAAGCAGUAGCAGCUGGUGGUAUCAGUGCCUCGGGGGCCAGUGUUGCCAGUCCCGACAGCAUCCGGUUGGUCGGGCUCAGCGCUACUCUGCCAAACUAUGCUGAUGUAGCAACUUUUCUCAGAGUUGACGUCGACAAAGGACUGUUUUACUUCGAUAACAGCUUCCGUCCCGUUCCACUGGAGCAGCAAUACAUUGGUAUAACUGAAAAGAAGGCGGUGAAGCGUUUUCAGCUGAUGAACGAGAUCGUAUACGAUAAAGUGGUGGAACACGCUGGUCGCAACCAGAUCUUAGUUUUUGUGCAUUCGCGUAAGGAGACGGGCAAGACAGCGCGCGCUGUACGUGACAUGUGUCUUGAAAAAGACACCUUGGGCCUCUUUAUGAAGGAUAAAAACGCUUCCACCAUGGUCUUGCGUCAGGAGGCCGAGCAAGUAAAAAAUACUGAGCUGAAGGACUUAUUACCUUACGGGUUUGGUAUGCACCACGCUGGCAUGAGUCGCGUGGAUCGCACCCUCGUUGAAGACCUUUUUGCCGAUCGCCACAUACAAGUACUUGUAUCCACUGCCACUCUCGCAUGGGGUGUUAAUCUGCCCGCGCACACAGUCAUAAUCAAAGGAACUCAGGUAAGAAAGGCUUGUUGUUGGUACGAUGAUUGGUUUCCUUCGACGAAAAUGUAG